AUGCCUCAUAAUCAAGGUGACUACUACCAGCCCUUCCAGGGCAGCUGGAACAAUCACGUUCCACCCGACCCUGCCGAGAUGGGUAACAGUAACAGCUCUGUUGCUAUCCAUGGUCAAGGUCAUCCCACUGUUCCUCCCGGCUUCCUCGCCUCCAACUUCGACAUUCCCUACUACCAGCCAGGUCGGAACGGGCAUCCCUACUCGACGAUCCAGUCUGCCCCGCCAAGCUUUGCCGCACCUAGCAUGUCCCCGCUGGCGCACAGAGCAAGUGUCCCAAACAUGCGCUUGGCCCACCAUGCUCAACAUGGAAUGGCAAUCGGACACGGGGCACCUCCUCAUUUCCAUGCCCCAGCGAACCCCGGUUUCUGGCAGGUACCCCCGCACCCUCCGUCCACUCCAGUCGGCAUGCCACAGACCGCCCCCACUAUCCACUCAUCGAAUGUGAAUCAUCCCCCAAGCCCCAUCUACAACGGCAGCAGCCCUCGCCAGGAGUCAAACCUCUUCCCGACUUUCGAUGGCGUUCUGAUGUCUCGCGUCAACUCGUACUCAUCCGCAGUCUCGUCACCGAGCGAUAAGUCGUACUACACACCAAUUUCAGGGUCAGAGGGCUGUGACUACUUUGCCCAUGACAGAGAGCUCCGGAGCGUUUCGGCCACCGUGGGCGGUCACUAUCCUCGCGUUGAUGCUCUUCCAAGCUAUGCGUCGUCGGGUCCCAUGCCAGCCACCAUCAGCCUUUCCCGCAUCCAGGGUGAGAGACUCUCCCUCAAGGCCGAGGCGGCUCCGAGCGUCACCGACUCUGAGCCCGCCUCUCCGGCCAUGAGCAUUCAUUCAAGCCCCGCCCCUGUCGUCAAGCCUGAGUACCCCUCGCCGCAAUGCCACCAGCAGUCCUCCCCAGUCGCCAGCAACCCACAUGGGUCCACCACGCACCCCGAGGAUUACCGUGCCGCAGUUGUGAACGACGCUUCGCACCCUUCUCGAGGUGACUCGUCUUCGUUUACCGGGCUGAGGCCUUGCGCGUUAAACGAUUCCGAGGAGGACGAGGAUAAAUACGCCACAGAGGAUGACCAUGACGACGACGACUUCCACCUCAACCCUCGUAGGAGCAAGGGCACUGGUCGCAAGCAGAAGAAGGGCCUGAACAGUUCUCGAAACAAGAAGAAAAAGAAGAGGAGCGGCUGUUCCCCACGCGGCAGCACCUCGGCGCCCACGUCCUCUCCUGGGGGUUCUUCAUCGCGCCGCCAGCCCCAUAAUCUGGAAAACGUCAGCGGCAGCGUAUCGCGAGCGGAGCUCCUCAACAGGUACCCCCGUCUUCCACACGACUUCCCACUUUUCUUCCGCGCUCUUGAACCUGACUUGUCGAUCGACGAGAGGGCGGCUCCCAAGAUCGGCACAAUCCCCAAGACGGUGUCCCCCGAGAAGAAGAGCGAGAUCCUGCAGAGAUUUUACCACCGUGGCCGCCGCGUGAUUCAACAGAUGGACGCAUUCGCUAUCCUUGUCAAGCCACGGACUACCUGUGGCCGGAAGAUUGAGGCCUCUUGGCUCGAACUCAGCCUGCCAUACGGAAAGGCACUGAUUGCUGUGCGCCGCAAGAUUGUUGAGCGGACGGAGAACUACAAGUACACGCGUCGCGACACCCUUCGGAAGUCCCGCGGACGGUGUUGCGCCGAGAACAAUGCUGCGUGUAUCGAAUUCGGCAUGAUCCGUUGGGAGGCCGAGAGUGGCAACAACGAUCCGGCCAUGGACCUAGAGCACUGGGGUACGAGCGUCGGGCCUGACGACGUCAGUUCUCUCCCUGCUCAGCCUUCCGGCGUGGUGCAGCAUGUCGCCAGCCAGCUUGGUCAGCUCGAUAUCCACCCAGUGCAAUCGCGUUCUACCAUGCGCAGUUCGACACGGCCUCAGCCGGCUCCGAUAAUCGUCCACCACUCCACGUCAUGUAGCCAUGCGCGGUCUUAUCCUCCCUCCGGAAGUGUGAAUAUCCCCAACUACCCGUCCAACACGAUCCCCCCGACUCCGGUGUCGGCAGUCUCGGCUGAUGGAAGCAUCCUCGGCGUGUCCACCCCUGUGGGCGAGUUCAACUCGAACCCUGGCCAUAUCACCCCGAACGUGCGCAUGUCCAUCGACGCUGGGUCAUGCUCGAACAGCUUCGGCGAUGUCAUGCCGCCCUCGCCGCUCCCGUCUCCGUCAGCCCUCGGCCUCUCAGUUGGUCCCAGCAGCCGCGCUCCGGCCUCCAUCCACACGGCCAACCAGAUGAACAAGGGCCGCUCCCGCUCGUAG